AUGUCGUCGUACUCGUCGCCGCCCCCGCCGCCGCCGGACCAGUCCCUGGACACGGAGGCACCCAACGCGCCCGUCACCCGGGAGCGGAGGCUCAACCCCGAUCUGCAGGAGCAGCUCCCAAAGCCAUAUCUCGCGAGAGCUCUCGAAGCGGUGGACCCAAGCCACCCGCAGGGGACCAAGGGGCGCGACCCCCGCGGCAUGAGCGUGCUUCAGCAGCACGCCGCCUUCUUCGACCGCAACGGCGACGGCGUCAUCUACCCAUGGGAGACGUUUCAAGGCCUGCGAGCAAUAGGAUGUGGACUCCCCGCUAUCAUUCAUGGGCUCGAUACUGAUCAACCUCUUCCUCAGUUAUCCCACUCAGCCGGGAUGGUUACCUUCUCCUUUGCUGUCCAUCCAUAUAAAGAACAUCCACAAGGGUUUGAUCCAUCAAAGUUCGAUGCUAUAUUUAGCAAGUAUGGUCGAACUCAUCCUAAUGCUUUGACAAGAGACGAGUUGGGCUCAAUGCUUCAAGGAAACCGCAAUACGUAUGAUUUCCCUGGCUGGAUGGCCGCUGCCGGUGAAUGGUUCUUACUCUACAGCUUGGCAAAAGACAAGGAUGGCCUCUUGCAGCGUGAAACUGUCCGUGGUCUAUUUGAUGGGAGCCUAUUUGAGCGACUGCAAGACAAUAACAACAAGAAGUCGUCCUGA